AUGCGGCCGCGGCGGCCCCUGCUCCCGGCGCCCGGCGGGGCUUACAUGGCGCUGGAGGACCUGCUGCUUUGUCUCUGCUUCUCCGCCCUCGCUGUCCUGGCCGUGCAAGGGAGGCUGUCGGAAGGGGAUUCUCUGGAGCUGAGCUGUAGUGCUGGUCCUGCAAAGGUGAUAUUGGAGCCAAACCAAGUGGUGAUUUUGGACUGUAACCUGACCCCUGUUGAGCAAGUGAUCAAUAUCACAUGGAAGAAGAAUGGGUUUCCAUUAGUGGAGCAAGAACAUCUCCAUGUGCUUCCAAAUGGAUCGCUCUUCAUCUCAUCCCAGGCUGUGGCAAAGGACAGUAAAUAUCCUGAGAGGGAUGGUGCUGAGGGCAAUUACUCCUGCGUGUCUCACACCUCCCUAGGGACUGUCACCAGUCAAACAGCUGCAGUCAGAUUUUCAACAUUAUCACGCUUUUUCCAGCAGCCGGAGUCGCAGACAGUGGAAGAAAAUGGCAUGGCCCGGUUUGAGUGCCGGAUCGAGGGGCUGCCCUCCCCUGUCAUCACCUGGGAGAAGGACCAUGAAGCUGUUCCAGCAGAACCCAGAGCCAAGAUGAGCACUUGCUGGGAACUGGAGGUCUUUGGAGGUCUGCGCAGCAAAUCCAUAACCUACAGACCACAUGCUCUGCAAUCACAGUAUUUUGUCCACAUUUUGGCUAAGUUUAUAACUCUUCCCAAUGGUGUCCUCCAAAUCGUGGAUGUGCAGGAGAGCGAUGCUGGGAUUUACCACUGCGUGGCAACCAACGCCGCCCGAAAGCGCUACAGCAACGAUGCCACCCUCAGUGUGGUGAAAGGUUCCCAGGCAGCAGGAGGAGAUGUCACCAUCGUCGCUGCUCCAGAGAACACCACGGUGGUGGCUGGGGAGAGCGUGGUGAUGGAGUGCAUGGCAGCUGCUGAUCCCACCCCCUUUGUCUCCUGGAUACGACAAGAUGGAAAGUCCAUUUCCACAGAUGUGAUUGUGCUGGGCCGGACAAAUCUCCUCAUUCCUUCCAGCCAGCCCCAUCACUCUGGGGUGUACGUCUGCCGAGCCAACAAACCCCAAACCCGGCAGUUCGUUACCGCCGCAGCUGAGCUCCGCAUCCUCGCUACCCCCAGCAUCUCCCAGGCUCCUGAAACCAUCUCCCGCACCCGAGCCAGCACGGCCAGGUUUGUGUGCAAGGCAGAGGGAGAGCCAGCCCCCACCAUCCACUGGCUGAAGAACGGGAAGCCCAUCCUCUCCAACGGGCGCGUGAAGGUGCAGAGCAGCGGCAGCCUCGUCAUCAACCAGAUCGGCCUGGAGGAUGCUGGCUACUACCAGUGUGUGGCUGAGAACAGCCUGGGCAUGGCCUGUGCCACCGCCAAGCUCUCGGUGAUCGUGCGGGAGGGUUUGCCCAGCGCUCCCAAGAAGGUCUCGGCCGUGUCCCUCUCCAGCACCACCGUCCUCGUGUCCUGGGAGCGGCCGGAGCACAACAGCGAGCAGAUCAUCGGCUUCUCCUUGCACUACCAGCGGGCUGUGGGAACAGAUAAUGUGGAAUACCAGUUUGCUGUCAAUAACGACACAACUGAGCUGCAAGUCAAGGAUCUGGAACCAAACACCAACUAUGUCUUCUAUGUGGUUGCAUAUUCCCAGCUCGGAGCCAGCCGGACGUCCUCUUCCAUCGUUGUCCAGACCCUGGAGGAUGUUCCCAGUGCAGCCCCUCAGCUGUCCCUGUCGAGCAUGACUCCUGGUGACAUCCGUGUGACGUGGCUGCCUCCUCCUCCCGAGCUGAGUAAUGGCAAGAUAACCAAGUACAAGAUCGACUACUGCACCCUCAAGGAAGCAGAUCAGGUCACCUCCAUCGAAGUGGGUGGAAAUGAGACCCAGAUCACCCUGUACUCACUCCAUCCCAACAAAGUGUACAAAGUUCGGAUCGCAGCCAGCACCAGUGUGGGAUAUGGGGCCCCUUCCGAGUGGACCCAGCAUCGGACUCCUGACAGAGACAACCAGACACAUGUUCCAUUUGCCCCGACAGAAUUAAAGGUCCGAGCGAAGAUGGAGUCUCUUCUGAUAACGUGGCAGCCCCCAGCAAACCAUGCCCAGAUAUCUGGCUACAAGCUCUACUACAGAGAGGUGGGCCAAGAGGAGUCCAGUGAUGAGAGCCCUUUGGAUGGUGCUGAAGAUGAGAGCUGGGAUGUAGGACCCAUAAAACUAAAGAAGAAAGUGAAGCAGUAUGAGCUGACUCGACUAGCUCCUGGGAAACUGUAUGAGGUGAAGCUGGUGGCAUUCAAUAAGCACGAAGAUGGGUACGCAGCGGUCUGGAAGGGCAAAACAGAAAAGGCACCUGUGACAGCAGUAGAUCCCCCUGUGCAGAAGGGGCCUCCACUGCCUCCAGUCCAAGUCUAUGCGGAGUCCAACAGCUCAACUUCCAUCUGGCUCCGCUGGAAGAAACCUGACUUCACAACAGUCAAAAUUGUCAACUACACCGUGCGCUUCAGCCCCUGGGGCCUGAAAAACGCCUCUCUUGUGACAUACUACACCAGCUCAGAUGAAGACAUUCUCAUCAGUGGGCUGAAGCCCUACACCAGGUAUGAGUUUGCUGUGCAGUCCAACGGCGUUGGCAUCGAUGGGCCCUUCGGCAGCGUGGUGGAGCGCUUCACCCUGCCCGACCGGCCCUCCACUCCUCCGUCUGACCUGCGGCUGCACCCUCUCAACCCCUACGCUGUCCAGGUGCACUGGUGCCCACCUGUGGAGCCCAAUGGCAUCAUUGUGGAGUAUCUCAUCCUGUACAAUGCCAACAACACACAGCCAGAUGACAUGUGGACCUUGCUGACACGAGAAGGAAACAUCUUCAGCACUGAAGUGCAUGGCCUGGAAAGUGAUACCAGAUACUUCUUCAAGAUGGGAGCAAAGACAGUGGUGGGAUCUGGUCCCUAUUCCAACGUGAAGGAUGUGCACACCCUCCGGGAGAAGCUGUCUGAUGUCCUGGAUAUCCACUCUGUGACAGGGAUCAUCGUGGGGGUGUGCCUGGGGCUGCUCUGCAUUCUCUUCUGCAUGUGCGCCAGCUUCCGCAACAGCAAGCACAGGGAGGCCCUGCCAGGCCUGGAUUCCCAGGCUGCUGGCAACCACACAUACUACCACCGGAGCAGGCAAGGGUUGGCCUCUCCCAGUGCCACCUUGGACUCACAUGAGCUCGAGUCCCUCAUGUCCCCACUCCCUGAGGAUGCGCCCGUGCCCCUGGGGGACAUCACUGAGCUGGCAGAAGUGCACAGCCUCAUCCACACGAGCCUCCCUGAGGACAUCUUCCAUGGGAAGAGGAAGUCUUCAUGGAAUAAAUCAUCAAACCAGGCCUGGACAAACAGCAUCACCAGAUAUGGGGACACCAUCACCAAAGAGCCUCUCUCUGCUGUCAAUGGGUCACUGAAGCUCCCUUCCAGCACGGGGCAGAAGCUUCUCUUACAAGCCCUGGUUUAUGAUGCUGUGAUGAAUGAAGCAAAGAAAAGCCACCUGCCAGCCAGCAUCCACCAAGUAGAAGCAGAAGUCAUCGUCCAUUCUGAUUUUUCAGCCUCUGACAGAGACUACAACUCCCAGCUGCACACCCUGGAGAGUGAAGAGACAGAAAUCGAGGACCAGGAGCCAGAGGAGCUCCCCUCAGCAGAGCUGGCUAAUCCCAGUUCCCAGCAGGACACUGGCCAAGUGCUGGUGGACUGCAUGGACAAUCUGGAGGCUCAGGCCCAGGCUGAGCUGCUCUGUACCGACACAAAGACUGACAAACCUGAGGCUGUGUGCAUCCAUGGGCUCACCAAUGGCUUCCACAGGCAUGGAGAAAGUCUGGAUUCGGAGGAGAGUGGAGAUUCAGAUUCCACCCAGGAAGGCAGGGGUGAUGUGCAGCCAGUCAAGUGCCAGUUGCUUUCCCCGGCACCUGAGGAGGCCCUGCUCUGUAGUAACUCUGGUUUAACCAGUCCUUCCUCAGCAUCUGAGAACAUGGCACAUGUCCACAAUCACAAAGAAUGA